UACUCACACUGCGGUGAGCCAUGGACCCAGAACACGGAGAAAAGAUAGCCCAGAAGGUGCACCAUGCUUGCAUGGUCUUUGCUUGUCAUGUUGACGGCAAGACGGUGAUUGCCGCCAGCGAUGUCAAGUUUGUCUUGGCUUCAUUGGGCAUGGCACCGGAUCUUAACGAGGUCGAUGAGCUUGUUGAAGAGCUGGUCGAUGUGGGCGAGGGCGUGGAUGAAGGCGAGAGCGCUGCCGUCGGUGAUGAGAGCACGGCGGUCGACGGCGGGGAGACAGGCAAGGCUGCCGGUACUGAUGGAAAUGGCGACAGAGAGGCGGCCGCGGCCGCGGAUGGCGAGGCCGCCGGCGGAGGCGCGGCGCGGUUUGUGGCGCUGGUGGCGCUGGAGGAGGUGUGCAUCCGGGCGGUGGUGGACAACAAGUACGCGCUGCCGUCUAGCAGUGAGUUGCAGGACGCGUUCACGGCGCUGGUCGCUCGUGGUCGCAGCUAUCUUACGGCCGAGGAGUUCAAGACGGCGAUGGUGACGGCGCGCGAGGAGGCGGGCGAGCGCCCGCUUGAUGAGGCCGAGCUGUCGGCUGCGCUCUCGGCGGCAGUCAAUCCUAGCAACGGCCGGAUUGAGAUUGCCGACUACGCGGCGAUGCUACUUGAUGUGGCGCACUUGAAGGCCUGACGCUCUGCUACGGCCGCGAUUAGCGGCCGAGGACCCGGUUGACCUGCUCGACGUAGACAGCGUCGCCGAGCUUGUAGCGCUGUGGUGACG